AAAGGAGGUGGUGAAGAUCAAAGAAGAGGGAGAAGAACAACGACCGCUUCUCUUUCCUUUCUCUCUCUCUCUCUCUCUCUCUAUCUCUCUCUCACUGUGUUUAUUUGAGAGAGAUAUAUGAGUCCCCUCCAAAUCCACCAUUUUUAAUUUUUAUAAUUGUAUGCUUUCUUUUUCCAUAAGUUGUGUUGCAUAGACAAUAGUACUAACUGCAAAGAGCAACAAAGAGAAAGAAAAAGGAGGGACAGAGAAAGAAAGAGACCAUUGAGAGUGCAUAUGUGAGUGUGCCUGUAUGUGUGAGAGAGAAGGAAUUCAAGAACCCUUCAAUAGCUCAGAAGUGAAAACGAUGUUUGAAAACUCUUCAUCCUUUCAUACUCUUCACAUCUAUCAGAUCGAUCUUUGUUAUUGAUCAAUUCAAUUCAAUUUGAAAGCAAGGAAUAUUGAUAAUGGUGAAGAUGAUGAUGAUGAGUAAGAAGUUAAGAUGGGAAUAGCAACAACACCAUCAUCAAUUCCUUCAACUUUCUCAAAUUCAUCAAGCAUACAAAAUUAUCAUAGUUCCUUUAAUUCAUCAAUCUUAGAAAAGUCUCAAAACUCAACCAAUUCUAUGUCCCAAGAUUAUCAUCAUCACCACCACCAGAACCACCACCAGCAAGGAAUCUUCGCCUUCUCGAACGGAUUCGAGAGAUCGAACACUCCAGAAAACAACAAUCCACACCAGCAACAACAGCAAAUUCAAAGAGACAAAGUGAGAAUUCAAGACUUCGACUCACAACAACCACCACAACCACCGCCGCCGCCACUAAUAGGCAACAUAGAAGAAGAACAAGAAGCUCUACCGGUUUACGAAACAACCGGAAUGUUGUCCGAGAUGUUCAAUUUCCCUCACGGCGCCUCGGCAGCCGAAUUAUUAGAACAGCAGCAGCAGCAGCAACAACAACAAAUGGCAUCAACAAGAACACCACAAGCACCACAUGGAAUAGGCAAUUCCAGUGACUGGUACGGAAACAGACAAACGAUGUUAACAGAUUCAAAAAAUCAUCAUAAUAAUCGUGACAGUAGCAGCAGCAGCAGCAUAUUUCAUCAUCAAAAUCAUCAUCAGAUGUCAAACAUUAAUGCUGAGUCAGCAGCUGCCAUGCAGCUUUUUCUCAUGAACCCGCAAACCACCAGAUCCCCAUCACCUCCACCUCAACCUCAUCCUUCAUCUACUAAUUCUUCCACUCUCCACAUGUUACUUCCCAAUCCUUCAACAACUAAUCUCCAAGGUUAUAAUUCCGGAGCCGGAGGGUCUUUUGGACAAUUCACAUGGGCUCAAGAAGGAGGAGGAGGAGGAGCAACAUCAAGUCAUCACCAACUCAACAACAACCAACCAGAAAUGGCAAGUGUUGUUGAAGGACAAGGUCUUUCGUUGUCGUUAUCGUCUUCCUUACAACAUCAUCAUUCAGAGGAUUUAAGAAUGGGAGAUGCUGCUGCUGGUGGUUUUCUAUAUUACAAUCAAGGAGGACCAGGAACUUCUUACAAGAAUCUUGGUAGUGUUCAUCAUCAUCAUUUACAAGGAGGUGGAUUAGGACAGAUUAAUCAUAUUCAUCAAGGACAUGUUGGAUUUGGUUCAUCUUCUUCUUCUUCUUCUUUAGGUGUUGUUAAUGUGUUGAGGAAUUCAAAAUAUGUUAAAGCUGCUCAAGAAUUGUUGGAAGAGUUUUGCAGUGUUGGAAGGGGUCAAUUCAAGAAGAAUAAAUUUAGUAGACAAUUAUCAAACCCUAAUUCAAAUCAAGGUGGUGGUGGUGGUAGUGUUGGUGGUGGUGGUGCUUCUUCAUCUUCUUCAAAAGAUGUUUCACCUUUGUCACCUGCUGAUAGGAUUGAGCAUCAAAGAAGGAAGGUCAAACUUCUAACCAUGCUUGACGAGGUGGAUAGAAGAUACAGUCAUUACUGUGAACAAAUGCAAAUGGUGGUGAACUCAUUUGACCUAGUAAUGGGAUUUGGAGCAGCAGUUCCAUACACGGCACUAGCUCAGAAAGCAAUGUCACGCCAUUUUCGUUGUUUAAAGGAUGCAAUAACAGCACAGUUGAAACAUAGUUGUGAGUUAUUAGGAGAGAAAGAUGGUGUGGGGACCUCAGGUUUGACCAAAGGAGAGACACCAAGACUUAAACUUCUUGAACAAAGCUUAAGACAGCAGAGAGCGUUUCAUCAGAUGGGGAUGAUGGAACAAGAAGCUUGGAGACCACAGAGAGGUUUGCCUGAACGAUCUGUCAACAUUUUGAGAGCCUGGCUUUUUGAACAUUUUCUUCAUCCGUACCCGAGUGAUGCAGAUAAGCAUCUCUUAGCAAGACAGACUGGCCUUUCCAGAAAUCAGGUAUCAAACUGGUUCAUUAAUGCUAGGGUUCGAUUGUGGAAACCCAUGGUAGAAGAUAUGUACCAACAAGAACUUAAAGAAGCAGAAGGAUCAUCAGAAGGAGAUCAAGAAGAUAGAGAAAACAAGAAUCCUCAAAGCAGUACCAGCAACAACAAUAACAACACAAGUGGUCACUUAUCUACUACUACAACAACAACAAAUAUUAUUGCACAAACUCCAACACAACCUUCAACAACAACAUCUACAACAACAACACCACAACCUACAAGUAACAACAAUCAGCUGAUGAGAUCCAACAAUACUAUCAAUGCCAAUGAAAACGACCCAUCACUUACACCAUUAAUAAAUAGACAAGGCUUCUCGGAAAACCAAGCAAUGUUGUUGCAACAACCAUCUUCCACCGUUAAAACCACCGUCUCUGAGGUGGCACCACCUAUCUCCGAUUCAAUGGCUAUUGAUGACACUUGUCGACAUGGCAGCUUUGUUUCAGCGGAAUAUGGGACCACUACUGGUACCUCUGCUGACAUUGGUUCUACACUCAUCAGAUUUGGGACCAAUACUUCUGGUGACGUGUCACUCACUUUAGGGCUACGUCACGCCGGAAAUUUGCCUGAUAAAACAUCUUUCUCUCUUACAGACUUUGGAGGCAUUUAAUUUUUAAUUUUAAUCUAUAUAUUAUUAUUAUAUUAUUACUUCACAUAAUAAUCAUCAUCAUAAUAAUAAUACUAUAUAUUUAUUUAUCAAGAUUAUGAUAUACUAUCAAAAGAUAACAUUUUUCCUCUUUUGGUUUCUCUAGAGCUUUGAUAUUCCUCCUUCUAUAAUAUGCAUUUUAUGGAAGGAAAGGAAGAAGGUAAUACGGUUUGAGAAACCGUAGCCUUAUAUGUGCCAUCAUGAUCAUCAGCUGGCUAGCUAGGUAGCUCUUGGUGAUUUGUAUAACUGUAUAGUAGGUUGUUUUAUGUGGUUCUUUUUUGCCCCAUAUUUGUACUUAAUGAAGGUUUUGUAUCUUAAUUAAUUAAUUAA